AGGCGGAGCCUGGCUGGAGAGGGCGGAGCCAGGGCCGCGCUGCCGGACGAGAGUGGCUCCCGAAGGCCCCCGCGGCAGCCGCCGCAGCCAUGGCCGCCAGGCUCUUCCCUGUCGUCAAGUUUGUCAUCAAAGGAGGCCUGGCUGGAGCUGCUGUGUAUGUGGCAUAUGAUCAGGGGCUGCUGGGCAGCGGCACACAAGGUGCAGAAGCCCUCAGGAAAGCUCAGGAAGCACUGCCUCCAGCUAUCCAGGAGUGGACAAGUUACGUAGGCUGGGAGCUCCCACCCAUUCCAAAAAUUGACUUUUCCCCCUCUGAUUCGUGGAAUAAAGGAGUGCAGACAGUUAUAUCUGCCUUGUCUGUAGCUCCCACCAGGGCCUGUGAGUACACUGUGGAAGGCUGGAAGUAUGUGAAGGACCUUGUCAAAUGAAAACGUUCUCCAGGGCCCGUGGCGCUCUCCAUCCUGAGUUGUCUUUGGGAUAAGGGAGAGUCCAGCCCCCUAGAAUGCAGCUCAGCCAUGCAAGGGCUACAAUAAAGGACUUUGGAACUUCCAGUUGUAUUUGGG